AGAUUUCUGAAGUAGCCACCUCAUUGAAGAUCUUCUCAGUACAAAAACAGUCCACAGGCCUCAUCACUAUAACAUAUGGAUUCUUGUGAUGUAGAACGUCUCAACGAACUCUUGGAGCAGGAUGUAGAUUUGCGGGAGAAAAUCAAGGAGCAAGUGACGGAUCUGGAUAAGAAGACUCGCAACAUGGUUGGGGUUCUCAACAAAAUCCAUUCGACACCUUCCGAGUCAAUUCCAAGUCUCCUUGAUUGUGUGCGCCCCAUCUUGCACAGUUGUCAAACCACUAGCGCUGCUAUGGCUGCGCUCAUCCCUCCCAGCCAGUUCUGGCGAUGGAAGGAAAUGUGGUCCAACUCUUUGCGCACCGCAAUCUAUUCAGCUGCCUUGGUAGAAUUUCUUGCAACAGGAAAACUCAUUUCCCUACCACAAGUCAGUCAGAUUCUAGGGAUCAAAGAUGAAUGGAAGGGCCGAUUCGUGCUGCCCGUCGAAGAUUAUCUUCACGGUCUGAUCAGCCUGGUCAACGAGUUGUCUCGUCUCGCUGUCAACGCAGUGACCCUUGGGAACUUUGAAGCACCUAUUCAGAUAUCUAUCUUUGUGAAGGAUCUAUUUGCCGGAUUUUCGAUGCUGAAUCUAAAGAAUGACACGCUCCGGCGACGUUUUGAUAGUCUGAAAUAUGAUCUCAAGAAAAUCGAAGAAGUGGUGUAUGACGUCUCUCUCCGAAAAUUGGCACCUCCCCCCACAGGGAACACGUUGACAUGUAACAGUGAUGAGGGAAAAUUCUAAUGUAUCUUAGUAUUCGAAAAUCUUGUGUCAAUAUUGGAUACUGCAACUGUACAACAGUAGAUGUCAUCAGCACAGUGCAAUUAUCAACGAGUGAACGGUAC